AUGGAUCGUGAAACGCCGAACGCACCGAGCCGGUGCCAUCAGUCAAUGCUUGCCCACGCUGACUCCACCACCACAACGGACGGGGAGAUGGCGGAAGAUGAGCGAAGGAAAUCCCCGAGAGUACGCUGCACCGGACGGACGAGAGUGGAUGCGCCCGUCACGGUGCAUGCACCGUGGGCAAGUGAAGAUACCGAUGGUGAAGAGAGCGAUUGCCAUGACCAACGGCCACCAUCGGUCAAGGGUCGGCCCAGUUCGCCCAGAUCGCCUACGCCCGCCCGUGAUGGGCCCGAUGCAGUGCAACGCUAUGUCCGGUUGCAGGAAGAGCACGUUGAAGCGUCCGUUUUUGUGCUAACGAACGGGAUUGGUUCGACAAGAGCGGAACCGAUGCUAGAAUCAUUGCCCAAGGGUGGUGGGAAAUUGACUUUUAAUCUAACCCCGGAGCAGCUAGGUGUGCGAAACACGGCGGAACGUACGAACCGUGCUAGGAAAUGUUUGGCCGCGGGAGAUUACCUUCUUUCUACGGAGAAAAUGAUCACAAACACAGCCAGUCCCACCGGGGAGGAAUGUCCACGGAAGAGUAGCCUCCGGCGUAGCUCGGCGUACAGCAAUCAAUCGGAGAUGGAUAAGCAGCUCGCCCUGGACCAACAUCCGGAUAUACUUCCGGGUGGCUGCUCCGGGCUAGCGUGUGAAGAACGUCCAGGACCGGUGGCGGCGACCAGCGCUACCGGUACGGUGAAGAUGAUGCUGAUGAUGAUACCGUCCGAAGGUGCACGCCCGGAGGAUGUCAACGGAUCAAGGGCCUCGGUCAGCUCGCGGGCAUCGAUGGGUGGCCCACGAAGGGCACAACAUAAAUUUGAUGAGAUAUCCACAAUCUACGACCACUUUCCGACCGAGUUUCUGCCCGAAAAGUUCCGGUGCGGGCUGUGCCAGAAGCUGAUGCGGGAGCCACGUGUGCUGGACUGUCUGCACACGUUUUGCCGGCCGUGUUUGGAACGGGCAGCAGCAGCAGCAGCGUCGGUCACGCACGGCCAGGACAGUGCACUGUUCUGGCAGCGCGUCAACGAAAGUGCCAGCUUCGAUUGGGACCUUCAAACUAACGAAAAAGACGCCGAAGAUGGUAAAGCGAUAAACAAUAACGCUCCCUCACUGUUUGGCACCAUCGGGGAGUCACGUUUCGACCAGCUGCGCGCCUCCUUUCAGAGUUUUCGUGAGCAAAACUGUUUGCGAUCGCCGGUAAAGACAGACAAGGGCAGGGAAAAAGUUAAGGCCAAGGUAAUAUAUGGUGACAGCGAAAAAGUUCUCGUCUGUCCCACCUGUAACCAUCCGACGGAGCUGCCGGCCGGACCGGGCGGUGUUGGCCAACUGCCGCAGCACUUUGUGCUCGCAAGGAAAAUCGAGAACAUCAUUUCGCAGCAUGUGCCGUCUCCGGUCUCCUCCCGGCCCGGCUCGCCCACCAGCUGUGCAUCAUCAAUCGCAUUGGCGCUGUGCGAGUUAUGCUCUGACGAGGUUACGGCAACUGCGUCCUGUCAAACGUGUGCCCUGAAGCUGUGCAACUUUUGUAAGGAAGCGCACAGGCGGCAACGCGGCACGGCCUCGCACGGUAUCGUGCGGCUUGGCGUCGGGCUGAACGAGUUGAUGAAAGUUCGGCCCCAGCGGUGGGCAACCAGCGUCCCGGGGGAGUCGGAGCCGGUGCCGCGCUCGAUUAAAUGUCCGAUGCAUCCGGAACAUCAAUUAAACCUAUUCUGCACCAGUUGCCACCAGGUGAUCUGUGGCGAGUGUAGUACGCUGCUGCACCGGGACCACCGCUGCACGACGGUGGCACGGGCCGGCAAAGUGUACGGACGCUUUGUGCGCGGUGCCAUCGAGCAGACGCGUCCCCUCGAGGACUAUGCGCUUCAGUCGGUCGGACGGCUGAACGAUUUGACCGUGCGGAUCAACGGUCGCUGCGAGGCGGUCCAGCAGGAGGUGGAUGCGUUCGUGGACGAGUACGUGGCCGCCCUCGAGGAGCAUCGGCGUGCGUUGGCGGAGCAGAUCGGUAACAUCCGUCAGGCAAAGAUGGAGAUGAUUAUGGCACAGAAACUGGACCUAGAAUGUCGUUCCCAGAAUGCUCGUGCUGCGAUCGAAUUUGCCGAGGAACUGCUAGCAGAGGGUAGUGAUGUGGAAAAUCUACUAUUUGUCAGCAUACUACUGAAGCGGUUUGAGGAAUGCCUCAAACCGACCCGAACGCUCGAUAGCACCGUAACCGAUACGAUACAGUUUCUGGCCGACGAGGAAGCACCGACCGUACGUGUACAGACCGGUGUCCCAUUGUUUGGCAUUGUGACCACACAGAAAGCCGACCCACGGCAAAGCGGCAUCGAACAUUCGGCAGGCGAGCUGGCCACACUAAAGGCACACAAGCGCGUCCAGCUGACGCUGGUAGUGCGGGACUACGAAGGUCGGCGCCUCGGGCACGGUGGCAUUACCGUGCAAACUGAUCUCCGUUUUCGAGACGACGACGAUCACUCGGUUGCGAUGGCUAUCGUUGAUAAUCGGGAUGGGUCCUACGGGCUGACGUUUGUCCCACCACGCCCCGGUGUAAUGCAUCUGACGCUGUUUGUCGAUGGGAAAAUGUUGGAGGAAUGUCCAGUUGUAUUGCGUAUUCACAAGCUAAGGCCUCACUACGGUGUGUAUCAUUGCUGCUCGUUCUGUUCCAGCGGUGGUUCCAAGGGCGGUGGUACGUGCGCUUGUGGAAGCAUCAUGCCCGGAGGAUAUCGAGGCUGCGGUCACGGACACGAGGGCCAUCCCGGACAGCGCCACUGGUCGUGCUGCGGGAGUCUGCAGGAGUACUCCGACUGUACGGCCACGGCCGGGAAGGAUACACAGCGAAAAGGAUAA